UUUUUUUUUUUUCUGCUAAAUUUUAGGAGCACAUUUUUUCUUUUGCUCUCUUUUCUCUUCCGAGAGCUUUCAGAAGCGAGGCCGUUUCGCAUUCCGUCCGAUCAGAGAGGUGAAGAGCAGUGAUGGGAGAGAAUAUCCGGGAGAAUAUUCCGCUUCCGAAUUCGGAUCCCGAGCGCCGGCCCGAGUUGACUCGGACCAUCUCCAACUCCUCGUCGUCGUCUUCGUUCUCCUUCACUACUCUUGACGCUUCCGAGGAGCUCCCGCUUUGUUCCUCGCAUGCAACACUGGGUGCAUCCACAGAGUGGACAAAUGAAAAGCACAAUUUGUAUCUUGAUUCUUUGGAAACAUCAUUUGUUAAUGAAUUGUACCAUUCCAUGCGUUUGCGUGACUGGCAUCAACAAAAGAAUGCUCGAGGGACACGUUCAUUGCAAGAGGUCUCAUUCAAGACUCAGAAUUCUUCUGACCAGUUCAAGGUUGUUCAAGAUGGCUGCUUGCAGAAGAUCAACCUUCGAAGGAAUGAAAGAUUGAUGGAAAGCACAGCUAAUUCUCAUGUUACUAUGAGAAGUCCAUGCAGAUGUCAUUAUACUCUUGCAGGCAAAAGCUGCACUGUUUCAUCUCCUAAGACGUUGACUUUAAAAAACUUACAUGCAUCAGCAAGAAGUUCAGAGCAGAACCUAGUAUGUCAUCAGGAUUGGGUUGGCAAUAUUACAGAAGUAUCUGGUCAGAACUUUGUGGAUGAAGACCAUGGAGGGAAGCUAAGCAAUGCAUCGAAACCAAAGAGGCUUAAAAGAAUUGCAGCUGAUGCUUCCAGCAAUGAUCAAAUUGUGCCAUCAGAAAAUUUUGAUACGAAAGAGGUUUCAAUGGCCCAUAAUGUUCUCUCUGAACAAGGGCAUAAUCUUCGCUAUUUCUUAGGAGGAAGCUGAGAUACAACUUAGUACUGAAGUCUGACAGGUAAGCAGUAUCGAUACAUCGAAAGAAUGGAGAUAUGGUUAUACUUUCCAUUUUCUCCUAUUUGAAGAUGCCAAAUGCAAAGGUUGAUUCUAUCAGUAGCUAUUCUUGUUGUGAAUGGUGUUCGGGGUAACGCUACCAUUGGACUUUGGGCAAAAGUCCACAGGGAAGAAAUUAUAUCUGUUCAGCGAUAUGCUCUUCAUCUUUUAGGAUUGGUAGAUAUAGGAUUUAUGGAGUAGAUUUAGUUGAUGAGUACACAUCGAUUACAGGGGUCUAUCUGGUCAUUUGCUGUUCCUUUUCUCUGUUUUUAUUUUUUUAUUUACUGCAUUUCAAGUAGAACAACUUCUAAUAGAUAUAGAAGAUCCGUAGUACAAUUUUGGGCUGUAUGGCAGAUGUCUGGAUUUCAUGCGGAUGACCUGAGAGGUGUCAAUCAUGUCCUGUUAAAAGAAAAAAAAGGUGUCAAUCAUGUCCUCUUCCACAAUCAUGGAAUUCCAUUGUUAUGAAAUUACAAAUUUAUUAUGUUAU